AUGAGAUCUCCAACAAAAACAGGCGGUUCACAGCCAGAUCUAACCAAACUGCGUGACUCAGAAACUAAACAAACUACAGUGCGUAAGCGUAAACAACCAGAUACGGACUGCAGUUGCGUCAAAAAUAUUACAGAUUUAAAGGGUGACAUUACUAAGUUAUUGAAUGAAUUUGUACAAUCUCAAAAUGCACAUAUGAUUUUAUUGCGCGAGGAUGUUGUUCAGAUUAAAACCCAAAUGGAAAACAUACGAAUCACUACGGAAUACCUAGUUACAGAACACAGUAAAAUAUUAGAUGAGAUAAACGAUUUAAAAAUGAAAAAAACCCUAACUGAGCAAAAAAUUAAAACCCUUGAAAAUGAAAUUAAUACUUUGAAAAGAGAGGCAUGUACAGAACCUAUCAAUUCACUACCGAUAAACCUACGUGAAAACCUUUUACGUGAAGCUAAUGAGAGAUCUAACAGAGAGAAAAAUAUUAUAAUCGUUGGUGUUCCCGAAUUGCAUGGAUCAGUUAGAGAAGAAAGGCGUUUACACGAUGAAAAGGGAUGCCUUCAAUAUUAUUAG